AUGUUACUCGCGUUACACUGUCUCACUGAUCAAGCUAGUUCCGAUUCGACCCUGAAACAUACCAAAUUUACAACUCUGUCACCAGUUCAAGACUCUUGCGUUAACUCUUGUGCUCAUGAGUCUCCACCGUUGCUGCCGCCACCACCACCGAAGACGGUUUACUGUAGUAGGUCGUCUUCAGCUCCACCACCACCGAGUUACAUGUACGUGACCGGUGUGCCUGGGGAACUGUACCGGACCGAACCGGAUGAUCAGUGGGGCUAUUAUUCAAGUGCAAACCGGAACUUGGUUAAGUGUCUCUUGGUAAUUAUUGUUCUUGUGGGUUUUGUAAUUGUUACAAAUUUGUGA